CCGAGAGCCGGUUACGGGCUCCUCCUCUGCCUCUGGCAGUGGGGGACAGCGGCGGCGGCCGCCACGGCCACGGCCACAGCCACAGCCACAGCCACAGAUCAGAAGUAUUCGUUUAAGACCUCACCUACAUCCACUGUAUCCGCACACCGAUUGCCCCUCUGAUCUCUGUUCUUUCCGAGAUUCGAUGGUAGUGAAGCUGCCUGGUGGCACUUUUCACAUGGGUACUGAUGAAGCCGAUGCUAGAGAUGGCGAAUCUCCAAUCAGAAGAGUGACUGUAAAACCAUUUGCUUUAAACCAGUAUCCAGUUACCAAUGUGGAAUUUAGAGAGUUUAUCAGAUCACAGAAAUAUAAAACAGAGGCAGAAUCGUUUGGUUGGAGUUUUGUGUUUGAAGACUUUGUACCAGAAGAAUUGAAAAACAAAGUGACACAAAGAAUUGAGUCUGCUCCUUGGUGGCUACCAAUUGAAAGAGCAUUUUGGCAACAGCCAGCAGGCCCUGGCUCUGGAAUUAAAGAGAAACUACAGUACCCAGUCGUACAGGUGAGCUGGUCUGAUGCUCGGGCGUUCUGUGCAUGGAAGGGGAUGCGAUUGCCGACUGAAGAGGAAUGGGAGUUUGCUGCUCGAGGCGGGUUGGAAGGUAGAGCAUACCCAUGGGGAAACAAAUUUCAAGCAAAUCGCACAAAUCUCUGGCAGGGAAAAUUUCCAGAUGAAGACACAGUAGAAGAUGGAUAUCAUGGUGUAUCUCCUGUAAAUGCAUUUCCACCACAGAAUAAGUAUGGCCUCUAUGACAUGCUAGGAAAUGUAUGGGAAUGGACAGACUCUGAAUAUUCUCCAAGAGGCCUUCCUUUAAAGGCUGGAGCUCAGAAGAUGUAUGUCCUGCGUGGCUCCUCCUGGAUUGACAGUGCAGAUGGAUCAUUCAAUCACAAAGCACGGGUUACCAGCAGGAUGGGGAAUACACCUGACUCAGCUUCUGAUAACUUGGGCUUCCGAUGUGCUACAAGUGAAGUUUCGUCUCCAAGACACAAUGGGAAAGUUAAAACUGAACUCUAAAUCAUCUGAAGACUAGCAAUAGUUUAAGAAUGUACACCUUGAUCCAUGGAUCAGAAUAAUUAAGGAGAUUGAUUGCUUUUAUUAAAUAGACCUUACUUUAUGAUGUGAAGGAGAUUAAAAUUGAAGAUCAUCUCUGAA